CCCCCGCCAGCAGUAGGGCUGCCGAGGCUCUCGAUGAGGUUCUUUUUCCUCUUUCGAGGAAAAAGAACCUCACUUGCGCCAUCUAGCCCAUGUGACAUAGACUUCAAACAUGCGGGUAGCGAGAGCCAGCGAGUGGCAGCGCAGGUUUGUAUGUCUAGCAUCGUUCCAAGGAAGCGUCUGCUACGUUUUCGGGCUUUCGUGCGCCAUUCUAUUUUAGUUCCAAAACCGCAAAACGUUCGUGGGACUUUCACUUUCACCACUUUUAACGAAAGCGCGCACUCAUCGGCAAGAAUGGACGAUGAUAAAAUAGAGGCAAACAGUGGCCACAUAAGGGGUGCCAGUGAAGUCCAUGGCCAUGCCAGGCUCAGUAUGCAGGAUGACAGCUACAUUCAAGACGCCAUCCCGAAGAACAGUCUCAAUUCCACACGGAAAAUCAAUAAGCUGGACAUCGAGUAUGUGAGCAAGGAAGUGGUGGAAUGGCGGGACUUGGCGAGGCUGCUGCCAGAGGAGCCAAUCACAGAGGAGGAGCUCCACUACAUCAGACUGCAGCAUCACAGCGCAAGCGAGAGGGUAAAGAACAUUCUUGAGCUUUGGAGGAACAAGUGCCAUGGCAGUGCAACGCUGGGCAGCCUCGUCGAAUCUCUGCACUUGCUGGGCUACAGUGAGCUGGCCAUGAUGCUCCAGCCGAAGCCUCCCAUAGUUAAUGCACAGCCCAGUAGCCCAAGCCAGGCCUUACCAGAUCAGACUGCUCCUUGA